GUUGGCAUUGAGCUCAGCUUUAGGAGAGAAGGAGACCCAGGAAAGGUCCUUCGAGUUCUGUGUUUGAGCUCUCUUUAUUUCAGGGUUCCAGCACAGUCAUGGAUCAUACCUUGAAGAUAGAUGAUGCUCGUUAUGAUACACAUCUUAGUUCAAGCUAUUACUCCCACUCACGAACCUCCCAUGCACACCAUCAGCCAAUCCACCACGGUGCAUUCCAUCAUUCUCAUGAGUCCCAUCACCAACCAUCUCACCACCUUAUUGGAUCCCACCAUCAAAAUGGGUCCCAUCACCAACCAUCUCACCACCUUAUUGGAUCCCACCAUCAAAAUGGGUCCCAUCACCAACCAUCUCACCACCUUAUUGGAUCCCACCAUCAAAAUGGGUCCCAUCAUUUCCAUUUCCAUGAGCACUCAGAUUUCCAUGGGGGCACACUGUCACCUCAGCCCCAUCACCACAUCAGAUCCCAUAUGUACAGUUCACCUAGUGCCAUCCCUCACCACCAUGGUGGGCCCCAGGAUGACCCUCACUCCCAUACUGAGUUCUUCCAACAUAGCGAGUUCCAACACCACAGCAGACAGCACCAUCAUGGAGGGUACCAUCGAGCUAGUGAAACUUUUUCCCACUUGUCCUCUAUUGGGUCGCACAGCCAAAGGAAUGUUUCCCAGCAUGGGAAACCCCAUUAUGGUACUAUGUACCAUCAAGUCCACCACUAUGGCAGGCCUCACCAUCCUGAAUCCCACCACCACCAAAGGCAGCCUCAAUAUGGAGAGGGCCCCUCCUUCCUCUCCUUUGAGGGGUCCUACUACCAGGGAAGAUUUCAUCCCCAUGAGAGCCACCAUGGGAGCCACCAUGGGAGCCACCAUGGGAGCCACCAAGCCUAUCACCAUGGUGAGCAUCCCCACCACAGAGAGCACCAUCACCACAGAGAGCACCAUCAUGGCGAGCAUCCUCACCACAGAGAGCACUCCCACCAUCAUCAUCGGAGCACCUCCCAACUCUCCUUCCAGCACAGUGCAGUUGGUGUCUCCCCUUCCCAUAUGGGCACCAAAAGCUCAGUCUACAGUGUGCCUCACUCCCACCUGGCAUCUCGAUCUCAGACCUCUCGUGUUUCCAGCAAAAUUCAUCCUAAAGAGAGCCUCAAAGAAUCAGACUCCUGGAGUGACAGUGAGCAAAUUCAGAAGCGCAAAAGGACCCAGAGGGCCCACAAGAAGCUGCACUCCGGGAAUAUCUUCCAACGGAUUUGGGAAAAAAUAUCCAACCUCCUUUGGGGUCUCCGAAAAAUGAUGAUGUCACUGACUCAGUCCCUGAGCUUUGAAGCCUUUAUCUUUGUCGUCGUCUGCCUCAACACAGUCAUCCUUGUGGCCCAGACCUUCACUGAGCUAGAGAUCAGAGGUGAAUGGUACUUCAUGGUCUUGGACUCCAUUUUCCUCUCCAUCUACGUAGUUGAAGCUGUGCUCAAGCUAAUUGCCCUGGGCAUGGAGUAUUUUUACGACCCAUGGAACAAUCUGGACUUCUUCAUUAUGGUCAUGGCAGUGCUGGACUUCGUGCUCCUCCAAACCAACUCCCUCUCCUACUCGUUCUACAACCACAGCCUGUUCCGGAUCCUCAAAGUUUUCAAGAGCAUGCGGGCUUUGAGGGCCAUCCGGGUCCUUCGGAGGCUCAGCAUCCUCACCAGCCUCCACGAAGUAACCGGGACGCUGAGUGGGUCUUUGCCGUCUAUCACAGCCAUUCUCACCCUCAUGUUUACCUGCCUGUUCCUCUUCUCUGUGGUGCUCCGGGCACUGUUCCGGAAAUCGGACCCCAAGCGCUUCCAGAACAUCUUUACCACCCUAUUCACCUUAUUCACCAUGCUUACUUUGGAUGACUGGUCCCUCAUCUACAUGGACAGCAGGUCCCAGGGGGCCUGGUACAUCAUCCCCAUCCUCAUGGUCUACAUCAUCAUCCAGUACUUCAUCUUCCUCAACCUGGUGAUUGCUGUCCUAGUAGAUAACUUCCAGAUGGCUCUUCUCAAAGGCCUAGAGAAAGAGAAGCUAGAGAAAGCUGCCCGGGUCCACGAGAAGUUGUUGGAUGACUCUCUGACAGAGCUCAACCAAGCAGAUGCCGAGGCCCAGAUGAGCGAGGGCGCCUUGCAGAUGCAGUUUAUUGAGAGAAUGUUCAGCACCAUGACAGAGAAGCAGCGAGAGCUCCACUUCCAGUUCCUGCAGUUGGUGGCAUCGGUGGAGCAGCAUCAACAGAAGUUUCGUUCCCAAGCAUCUGUCAUUGAUGAGAUUGUGGACACUGCAUUUGAGGCUGGAGAAGAGGAUUUCGGGAAAUGAUCCUGCAGAGUACCACCAUAUCGACUCGAGCCUCUGGCAAAUGGCCUACCAGGAUGGGUCGGGACAAGUCCCUAGCUCUGCUGGCAUUGUUAUCCAGAGCUGUGCUGGACUGAGGUCCCAACAGAGUUUUAAAAACCCCA